ACUUAUUUUCACAUACAAUUACUUCGUGAUCAGUUGAAAUAUUCAAUCGGCGAACUUAUAGAUAAAAACGAGAUAUGUAAAUCAAAAUCUAUAUUAAUUUGGUUGUAACAAUUUUUGUGGCAACCUUUUCGUUCCUUACCUUUAAAAUGAGGACGAUUUCUUCAAUUUUAAUCAUAGUUUUAGUUAUUACUAGUUCACAUUGUGUUGUUAUUAAAAAUUCAGGUACAAUUAUCGUAGUUUUGGAAGGUUUUGAAGAAUACAGAAGAACUGGAGCCCCUCCAUCUUCUCUAAUCGCAGCGGUUAAGCAGUACAACACCCAAAAUUUCUCAUCUGGACAGUUUGAUAGCGAUCCAGCAUGUGCGACUUGUUCCAUUAUAGCCGAUAACAUGAUAAAACAAAGAAGAAGUGGCACGAACGACACAGAAAUUCAAAGAGAAUUAAUAUUUUUCUGUAACCUUUAUGAAGUAUAUGAUGAAAAAGUUUGUGAGGGAAUGGUUAAUAUAAGUUUAUCCACUUUUUUAUAUAUACUGGAUAAUACUCCGGAUCUUGAGGGUAGCGAUGUCUGUGGUAUUACUCUUCAGUAUCGAAAUUGUGUUCAAAGUGGAAGAUUCAACUGGAGCAUCGAAAUUCCUCCGGAACGAAACUUUAUUAAAUUAUUAUCGACAUCAAUAUCUGAAAAACCUAUUAGAAUUCUUCAUAUAUCUGAUAUUCAUUACGAUCCUAGAUACACUACAGGUAAAACUAAUAAUUGCAAAGAACCAAUUUGUUGCCAAGACGAUCAAGCUGAUGGUCAAACAGAAGAAGAAAGUUGCGGUUACUGGUCUGAUUAUUUAAAAGCAGAUUUACCUUGGAGAACCGUCGUAGAUGCUUUAGAACAAACUACGAAUCAUGAAUACGAUUACGUUUAUUUCACUGGAGAUAUAGUGAGUCACAGGAUAUGGAAUACCAGUGUUCAAGAAAAUGGUAGAAUCAUUUCUAAAAUUUUAGAUGCUCUUUCCCAGUACUAUAAAGUGCCGGUUUUUCUUUCCAUAGGAAACCAUGAAACUCAUCCAUCGAAUUUAUACUCUGAAAUAACCUCUCCAGAGAAUUUAUCAUCGAAAUGGUUAUUUGAUCUAAUAUUUCAAAAGCUUUCAAAAUGGCUACCGGUUGACGAUAUAAAAGACACUAUAUUAAAGGGAGGUUACUAUACAGUUAGUCCUAAAAAAGGAUUCAGGGUAAUUGUAUUAAACAGCAACGUUUGUAAUAUAAACAAUUGGUGGUUGUUGUAUGAUCCCGUGGAUCCUUACGGCCAAUUAAAGUGGUUGACGGAAGUUCUCAAAGAAGCUGAGCAAAACAACGAAAGGGUUCAUAUUUUGUACCACAUGCCUUCAGGAGGGGGUGUAUGUUAUUCAGUAUGGGCUAGAGAAUUUCGAAGAAUUGUUGCUAGGUUUGCUCAUACUAUUGCCGCUCAAUUCAACGGUCAUACACAUAGAGACGAAUUUUACGUUUUUUAUAAUAUUUCGAAUCCAGAACAACCGAUUAAUAUGGCGUGGAAUGGAGCUUCUAUAACUACAUUUGAUUUAGCAAAUCCAAGUUUUAAAAUUAUAUCUAUCGACGAAAAAACAUUUAAUGUUCUAGAUUUCGAAGAAUGGACCUACAAUCUUACUUUGGCUAAUCUAACGCCCGAAAAAAAUCCUUCUUGGUAUAAAUUAUACGCAUUCAAAGAAGCCUUCGAUGUUGAAAAUUUAGAAGCAGACCAGAUUCACAAUCUAGUGAUGAAAAUGACGCAACGUCAUGCACUACUCGAUCUUUAUCACAGAUACAAAUUCAGAGAAGGAGAUACUGAGUUGGCGAAAGGAUGUGACGAUGACUGUAAAAAAGAUUUGUUAUGUUCAAUGGUCAAAACUCAAUACGGAGACGAUUAUAUGUGUAACAAAGUCAAAAAAUUAUUUGACAGUAUUCCUGACGCAAAACUAACUUCAUAAUUUUUAUAAUCUAAGUAAAUUAACAUGAUAUUUAAAUAAAAUAGUAAAAUCGGAGAGAA